AUGGCUCCCGGUCAGUUUCCCGAUAGUUACUACAAUGCUGCUAGGCUUCUUUUUCAUGUCUAUAACCACUACGUGAGUGCCGAAGAAGUUAAUGUGGAAACUUUGGAAAAUGUUGGAAACGCUACGUCUGGAAACGCUGAGAGUGUCAUGCAGCCAAUUGCUGUGGUUUUACGUGCUCAUGAAGAAGCAUUGAGGUUUGCUGGACUGACUCCUUCCAUCGAUCUCAUCUACAACUAUGCUCUAGUUCAUACAGCAUUUCUCGAAGACGAAGAUCCGAGUCUCCCUGAUACUUUGAGCUAUGGUAGCGCUGCUAUACAGCUUUUUCAACAGGUUUUGACAAAGCAAGUGGAGGAAUUGACUAGCUUUGCUGCCGAGAUAAAGGAACUAGUAAGUCCAGAAUUGUCUUCUACAACUGAUGUGACUGAGCCCAAUGUGAUUCCCGAUGCUUCCCUGUCUGGAAUUAGUCCUACAAAAGAAGAGCACACUAGUGAAGAGGUUUUGCAACCUGUGGAUGUCUUGGACACAGUUGUUGCAGCGUAUAAACUUGCAUUGGCCAUGGUAGAAUGUACCAUUUCCUCUGAUAUUUCUCCAGUUGUCGACAUUGUCCAGCCUUUUUUGGAGUCCUGUGAUACGAUAGCAUCAGAAUUGAUGACAAGUUUUAGUAUUUCCACCAACCAAACCCCAGAAAUGAUAUCUUCAAUUGAGCCUGAAAACUACGACGAAUACGCUGUGAAUAGAGCCUUCCUCCAUUCUUUUGCUCAUAUUGAUGACGCAGCAACAUACAUCAACUACUGGAAUCAGGAUUCCUUGCCAAGAACACCAGACAGGUAUAUGCUUUCAGCCGAUGGACUAGGAUUGUUUCUUGAAAGACACUCAUUAAAUGUGAAACUGGCACAUGCCGACCAAGCAGCCACCUUGUGGAAAUGUUUAUCUCAAAUGAACACUUACUAUAAAUCUGCUCAGGAUUUGUUACAAGCUCAAUACCUGCAAAAAGCCAAGGCUCCAUCUGGAACAAACGAAGGACUCGGCAGCCUUAUCUCGCAAGUGUGUAAAGUGACCAUUGCCCGAGCAGACAUUGAAGUGCAAAGGUGCCAAUUAGACCAAGAAUUGGCCCGCAAGAGUCGUGAAGUAUUACUUAAAAAUGCAAAAACUCUUCUCAAGAAUGCCAUGAAAAUGGCAGAAACCACCGGAGGAUUGCGGGAAAAAGCUACUGAGAAACUCGGUAGGGAAAAAAGAAGGUCAGAAAUUGUUCUUCGACUUUGUCUUCUCGAACAAAAGAUAUCCACUGCCGAAUUGGAUUCGAUAAUGGGACGAACUCGAUGGACUGCGGAACUUCCUCUUCUCAAAGAACUUGAUAUCUACGGAAAUUGGGGUAUUCAUAAAAUCGUCACGUAA